CCCAGAGCCCCGCGCCGCGGUGCCCAGAGCCAGAUGGAGACUUGGGAACAACCACCCCAUGCUGGGGCCCUGGGAGCAGGAUGCUGAUCCCACCAGGAGAGUGCUUGUAUGCGGGCAGGAAGAGGAGGAAGCCCGUGCAGAAGCGGAGGCUGGCCGCAGGGGCCGAGAAGUCCAACCCUUCCAAGCGGCACCGGGACCGGCUCAAUGCGGAGCUGGACCACCUGGCCAGCCUGUUGCCCUUCCCGCCAGACACCAUCUCUAAGCUGGACAAGCUGUCGGUGCUGCGGCUCAGUGUCAGCUACCUGCGGGUGAAGAGCUUCUUCCAAGCUCUGCGGGAGAAGAGCCCCCGGCCCGAGGGCAGGGCCCCCCCAGCCCCAGAUGGAUGUACAGGAGGAGUGUCUCCCAUGCUGGAGGGUCCGUUGCUGCUAGAGUCCCUCAACGGCUUUGUUCUGGUGGUGAGUGCAGAUGGGAUGAUCUUCUACGCCUCAGCAACCAUCUCAGACUACCUGGGCUUCCAGCAGACGGAUGUGAUGCACCAGAACAUCUAUGACUACAUCCAUGUGGACGACCGGCCAGACUUCAGCCGGCAGCUGCACUGGGCCAUGGCACCCCCACCACCCAUACUGGGCCAGCCACCUCACGCCACCCCAGGAGAAGAUGCCAUUCUGGGGAGGCUGCUGCUGGCCCAAGAGGGGGGCACAGGUCCCCUCACCGAGUACACGGCCUUCCUGACCCGCUGCUUCAUCUGCCGCCUGCGCUGCCUGCUGGACAGCACCUCGGGCUUCCUGACCAUGCAGGUCCAGGGGAAACUGAGGUUCCUGUUUGGGCAGAAGCGGAAGACGCCCUCGGGGGUGGCCCUGCCCCCGCGGCUCUCACUGUUCUGCGUGGUGGUGCCUGUGGUCCCUCCACCCACAGCUGACCUGAGAGCAAAGGGCUCCCUCCUGCGGACCCGGCACCGGGCAGAGUCCUCCCUGACAGACACCAGAGCAACACCGGCCCCAGGCUCUUGGGACCCAGAGUUGCAGGCAAAACCCAGCUACUGCACAGGAUGGGGUGACAAUGAGUGUGGCCCAUCCGUGUUCAGGGAGCAUCCGGAGGCCAGAAGCUGGGCUACAGGGUCGCCCUGUCUGUGCCUCCGGGCUGACCUCAUCUUCAGUCCCCCACGGCCUGUGAGGGAUAUGGCUGGAGAGCAUCCCGGGGAACAAGCCCGGGCCUGCAGAAGGGGGCAUCCCUACCCCUACGACUGCUGUUUCCAGCCGCGGGGGCCCGGGCGACUGCUGGCAUGGACAGGGAAGCCCAGGCUGGGCAGCCGGCUAAAGCUGGAACCCAUGAGGGCCGGCGGGCUCCCCACAAUUGCUGGUCCCUGUUCUGCUGGCCACGGAGACCAGCUUCACCCCAGGGUCCUGCAGGAGGGGGGCCCUGGCCAGGUGCAGCCUCGCCCCAGCUGCCCCUUCCCCCAAGGGGCCCCUGACAGUGGGCUCCUAGUGGAAGGCUACCCCACGAGGGACACCAAGCUACGGGGCACAGGAACCAUGCCUCCCGGAACCCUGUGCGCCCCCAGGCCACCCCUGCACCUGCCCAUCAAGAUGGAGACUGUCCCGGGGCCCUCGGACACCGGCGGCUGCCCCCUGCCCCACAUGUGGCUGGGGGCUACCUUGCCCCCCAGGGCACACCUCAAGUCAGAGCUUGAGUGCGGGUCCCCCUUCUGUGCCCCUGGGCCAGGCAGAGAGCUGCCCCACCUCAAUACAGCCCCUUGUGCCCAUGUAGGGCCCCGGCUGCCUCCUGGCCUCUGUGUGCACGACCACCAGCCCCCCACGCCAGCCCAGGACUGCAGGGCCCCCACCAUCAAACUCGAGCCCCCAGACUUCCAGCAAUGGGCCACUCAUGGCCAGGGUGGGGCUGGGCUGCUCCCCAAAAGUGCCUUGGUGAUACAGGUGCCACCCAAGGUCUCCACAUGCUCCUGCCUUGGGCAGGGGGGUGGGUGCUGCUGGAGAGCGUGUUCACACUGCAUGCUGGACGUCCAGCUGGGCAAAGGGAGGGACCCACCUGCCCUGUCUGGAUGUCCUGACUGGGGUGAAUGGGGACCCUCCUCGGAGGCUGGGGGGAGCAGGUGUGACCCCAGAGUCUGUGUGAAUGCCCCAUAAAUCCAGAGUGCAGCGUGCCUCCCCAGGGGUAGACUGUUCCAGAAGCCAGCAGGCUGCCCACUCGCCCACUAGAAGACAAGGCCACACCUCCAGGAGCACCUCAGAGCAGUGACUCCAGCAUGUACACCGACGGGGAGGUCGGCAAGGAGCUCAGAUGGCUGGUGUCCUCCCUGGGGAGUGGGGGCGGUCCAGGCUGGGUGCCCAGCUCCACACCCGAUGGGCACUGGGCAGACCCGACCCCCCCCCCCAGGCCACGAGGCUGCUGGAGCCUGGCUCCUGGUGGAGGCUGACACCAGCCCCAGUGCAGUACUUCGUCCUGAAGAAUCCUGGAAGCACAUCUGUGCCCACACAGACGGGUGGGUGCUGUGGGGUGUGGCCGGCCGUUUCUAAGCCACAGCCUAGUCCUCCCAUCUGUGGGUGGUCCCUCCCAAUAGUUGGACACUGCCAGCCACCUAGAACGGGAACAGAGGGGAAAGGAUGCAGCAUGUUUCUGCUGGAGCACUUUUCAGGACCUACCCGGACUUGCUUAAGUUGUAAAAUGCAGACUACACAACGUGGCUUUUCACACAUGCCGUACGGCGUUCCCACGCCCGGCAUUCCCACCACAGCCCUGUCCAUGACUGCCGUGUCACAGCUCUCCCCAUGCUCACAGAAGUGGGGCUGCACACCUUGGUCCCACACCUUGGACUCCCCCACACCUUGGUCCUCUCACUGCAGUCCUGGGUACUGAGACCAGGUACUGCCCCAGUGGCUCUCCCACUGGCCAGCAGGCUGGCACCGUCCCAGCUGCCCACUGGACACUGCUCUUGACCUGUGAAGUGGAGAGGUGACUGGCCCUGUCAUGGGGAGAUUCUUGGGGGACAAUCUUCCCCUCAGACUUGGCAGCAGGUGGGCAGUAAGGGUGGGCUGUGGGGUGGUCUGCAGGGGUAUGGUCGGUGGACUGGACCAGAUGUCCUCUGCAGGGAGGGUCUUGUUUUCUGGUGUGGGAGGCCCCGCAGACAGAAACGAGACUCCACUCCCAUCAGAGUGGGUCCUUUUUGCCGACUGUGCCAGGCACGCUGGCCAGGCUCCGCUGAGACUCUGGGCACCACGCAUCCCAGGAUGGGUCCAGACCACCCUACAGCACUAGGGCAGAAGACAGCAGGUCCCACUCCCCUCCAGGCCUGCAGCAGGAGGGAGCCGUCCGCAGGGCCAGCUGACUCAGUUCCUGGGGCUCUGUCCCAGCAAGUGAGUUCUGGGGGCGCAGUAUGUGAUGUUGUGUGGCUUCUGGCUGUUCUGGCCCAGAGCCCUGCCCGGCUCGGCCAUCCAAGGUGCCCAGGAUAGGACGAGCCCUGUGAGCCACCCUGCUGUCCUGCUGUCUCCUGUCCCAAGUGCAGGGCCCUGACCAGCUUAGAGGAGGGAAGAUUGUGAAGCGGGAGCUGUGAAGAACCUAGUACUUGUGAGCACCAUGUGCAAGCAUGUCCAUGUGUGAUCAUGUGUCCAAGCAUGUGUCCAUGUGUGUUCCCAUCCACCGGUGCAGUGUUCAAGCCAUGUGGAAUAUGUCAAAUAUUCACAUGUCCCAUGUGUU